CGGAUUGACAGCAGAGAAAAGCAGAGUCGUGUCUAAACGAAAUCCUUCAGGCAUUUGUGUUUCCAUCCUUACUGCAGUGCUCAGUUUGCUUUGGCAUCCCCCCUCUCUGCUUUAAAGUGGCUGUGCAUGCUAAAAGGAAAGCUUCCUGUGGGUUGGAGACAGAGGGGGGUCUCUGAAUGGAGGGAUGACCAACGAAACGUAGGAAUCAUCUGUUAACAGGAGGAAUUGGGAGGUGCAGGAACACACUCACACGCUGAAUUGCCUUUUUACGGCAGUUUGGAAUCUUUAUGACAGUCGAGUGAAUGGGAUACACUGUGGAACAGAGGGACAGCCGGAGAGUGUGUGUGUGUGAGUGAGUGAGUGUGUGUGAGUGGGGUGAGGAGCCGAGACGACAGAAGGUGAGAGCUAGCGAAUGGAAACCUUGGCUUAGAGGUUCAUCUCUGUUUCUCCAGCAGGAAUAGAUUAGUGAUUUCCGUUUGUGGGCUUUUGCUCCUCCACAUCACCUGGGCUCGGCCUCGCUGCUGCUGCUGGAGGUUCAGAAGACAUUUCACCAACAUUUUUUGCUUCUUUUUUGUUUGUUUUUUUUGUUUUGUUUUGACAAAUGUAGACAGAAAUUGGAAGUUUCUGGAAGGUUUUCAAAGGAUGGAACGAAUGAAAAAUGGAUGUCGCUGUUGUAACUGUGCUGUUCCCUGACAUUUCCACUCUUCACCAAGGUGCCUGAUGACAUCAUGGGUAAAACACCUCAGAAAGCCAAAAAAGAUGCUAAACACGAAAACCCAAAGAGUGACCUAUCCACCCCCUUACAGACUUACAGUGAGCCGUUCAGCUGGGAGAAUUAUUUAAAGGAGACUUCAUCCACCCCAGCACCCCCCAGCUGUUUUAGACAAUCCAGGAUUCCUCCCACAAACGACUUCAAAGUGGGUAUGAAAGUAGAGACGUACGACCCACGGAACUCUACUUCGGUGUGUAUCGCCACUGUCAUGGGGCUGAUGGGAGCACGUCUGCACCUGCGCUUGGACGGCAGCGACAGCACCAAUGACUUCUGGCGGCUGGUCGACUCUUCGGACAUUCAGCCAGUCGGCACGUGUGAGAAGAGUGGAGACAUGCUGCAGCCACCACUAGGUUUCCGAAUGAAUGCGUCAUCCUGGCCCAUGUUCCUGUUAAGAACUUUAAGUGGAGCAGAGAUAGCACCAGCCUCGGCAUUUAAAAAGGAGCCACUCAAGCCAUUACAAAACCACUUCAGAGUGGGAAUGAAGCUGGAAGCAGUGGACAGGAAGAACCCAAGUCUGAUCUGCCCCGCCUCCGUCGGACAGGUGCGAGGAGACGAGGUCUUUGUCAUGUUUGACGGCUGGCGCGGAGCCUUCGAUUACUGGUGCAAGUACUACUCCAGAGACAUCUUCCCCAUCGGCUGGUGUCACCUGACCAAACACAGCCUCCAGCUCCCUGGAACCAGCUUCCCUCUCCCCAAGAGCCUGGUUCCGUCUCUGUCGUCGUCCCGGUCGUGGCGCUGCUCCAUGCAAUCCCCAUACCAGCUUCCUCACCCGCUGCCCCCACUGCCCGUCAGGAAGGGUGUGCGGGGCCGCCGGCCCAAGAGCCAGACCAUCGCCAUGCUGAAAGCCAUACAGAAUGGCCAGACACAAUCGCCGAGCGGCACCAACAAGAGCACCGGGCAUGAUCACCUGGAGCCACGGCUGCACAAAAAGAGAGGACCCAAACCUGGCAGCAAGAGGAAACCUCGAGUCCUCACUCCUCUGUCCAGCCCGUCUCUGUCCUCAUCCGUGUCAGACAGCCGACUCUCCAGUCUCCAGAUGACCAAAGACUCGGGAGUUUUGUCCACCGUGUGCGUGUACGUGAACAAGCACGGCGAGUGUGGACCACAUCUCGACCGAAAGCUGAUGCUGCAGCUGCCAGAUCAUUUCGGACCAGGCCCGGUCAACACGGUGCUGCAGCACGCCGUACAAGCAUGCGUAGACUGCGCCUACCAGCCCAAAACACUCUUCAGCUUCCUGCAGUCUCAGUCAGAUGGCGGAGAGAUCAUACGAGUUCGUUCGGAAGGUGGGAUCCACUACGUUAAGCUACCUCGAGCCUCCAGCGCUUCAUUUGUGCUGCGCUUCCUCGAGACCCUGUGUCACCAUUUGCAGUCAGACAACCUGUUCAGCAGCCAGCCGUUCAGUCCCCUCACCGCUAACUCGCACAACAACUACGACAGGAGCAAGUCAGUGAAGGAAGAGACGUCAGAAGCGUUAUCUAUAGUGCGAGGCAGCAGACGCUUCACCAGAGACUCCUCCAACUACAGCACUCCUACUCCCACCAACCCACCCAGAACAGACACACACCCUUCAGAAGCAGAAACACUCCCCUCAGAAAAUGGCGGCUCUGCCGAGCAGCAUUUCUCUGAAGAGCCCAUGGACACCAGUUCCGCACCGUCUCGGCCUCCUGCGCAGCGCACUACAACCGAGCAUCGUAAUCCAGCCGGGACCAGCCCACACUACUCACCCCAGCAGCCUCCUCUGCGCCGCGUCACCUCCAACCCAUCUGAGCUGGCCAACACACGCAUGCUCAGACGAGUGGAAGGUACGCUAUCUGCCAGCUCUACAACCGGUCCAGAUCACCAGACAGCUGAGCGAGAGACAUCGAACAGGAGCCCGUCCUCAUGGAGCAUAGAGGAAGUGAUGCAGUUUGUGCGGGAUGCAGACCCGCAGGCCUUAGGGCCACACGCUGAACUCUUCAGGAAGCAUGAGAUCGACGGCAAGGCUUUAAUGCUGCUGCGAAGUGACAUGAUCAUGAAGUACAUGGGCCUGAAGCUGGGUCCUGCACUCAAACUGUGCCAUCAUAUCGAAAAACUUAAACAGGGCAAACUGUAGCCGGCUUCACUCGAGCUCCGCCGAUACACACGGCCUCCAUCAGGGGGCAUCCAAGCGCACAUCUGAGAGCACGAUGUCCCCUCGCACACCUCCACAACCGGACAAGGACCUGAAGAUGGAUUUACUCAGAGCUGACGUAGAUACCAAAUCCGUGUAUCGGAAAUAACCAGCAACAACAAUCAUAAAACUAAGCAAACCGACAAGCGAAGCACGAGAGCCAAAAUUGUCAUCAAAGAGUCUUUUAGACAGCAGGGCGGACAAAACGCUCCUCUCACUAGACUAAUUUUGUUAUAGGGAUCAUCUUAGAUACAAAUGCGGGUUUAAACACUGCCACUACCGACCUCAGCACCUCCUUUUGUGAGAAGGAACAAUGCAGGAACUAUUCAGCAGCUGGACUAAGCUGAAUCCCAAAGGAUUUCUUUGUUUAUGUCGGAACCAUGCUGACACUGUACUCCCCCCAUAACCCCCCUGUUUCCUUUCCCCAGUUUCAAUAGUCAUUAAAAAAAAGAAAGAAAGAAAAACAACCAAACAACACCGGAGGUAAUGAACCAUCAUGUAUUAUUGAGUAGAAAGAUUUACAUGCUCUUUUAUUUGUGAACAAAGAAACACCAAAAAAGGCUGUUUAUAAAAUAACCACUAAAACCAUACUAUAAGUAUAUCGAAACAAAUGUCCUACACUUUUAUCGCAACAAAACCUCAUCGCAAGCCAAAAUCUACAAGGCAGCUAUCCAUUUUUCAUCAUAUAAAAUAGAAUAUAAAGUGAAAAGGCACAAAUCAGUUACUGGAAUGAGUGCAUUUCCCUCCUCUUUAAUUUAUCACUCCUCAGGAUGCCAGUGUUUUUGCUUUUUCUGUUAUACAUCCACUUGUUAUAUCCACACCAUCAUUUCAACAAAUCAUGUAAAUGUCUGUAUACAAGUUAUAUGAUCUACACAACGUUAAAUAGAUACUCAUCAGAGACACAUAAGAGCUCUUUGUUGGUCUUAUUAUAGAUAGAAUACCACUUGUUAAAAUUAAAAAUGAAUUCAUUUCUUAUUAAAAAAAAAUUCUCCUAGGUUGUGAAUUUUUCAGCAGAGAAAUGUAAACACAAAAUAAUAUGCACAACGAUGGCGAGCUGAAAUUCUCUUCUGCUACCUCUUCUGCUUAACUAUAAAUUCAUACGAGGGGCAAAACAACGAUGAGACACUGAUUCCACUCGCAUUUCACGUGUGACUUGAACGGAUUGUUUCACAAUCAAGUCACAAUAAUCUGAUUCCAGACAUUUUAUUUGAUAUUUAAGUGAUCUCUUGCCUUUUUUGUGUUGCAUACAGUUUCAUAUUUCUGUGUUUUGAUGCUAUUUCAGUCUUAAUGAGCACAAUGCUGCUUUACUUAAAAAAAAAAAAAAAAAAAAGAUUUGUAUACUUUUAUAUGUGUGUUGUUAGUUCAUCGGUUUAGCUCUUAGGGCAUCCCUACAUUUCUGUUCUUCUCAGGUUCAAGUUUUCAGUGAUUUUUAUACUACAAUUUGCAUAAAUUGCUCAAAUUUAAAAAAAAAAAACAAAAGGUCACAUUUUUUUUCAUAUAUUUUACUGGAACAAAACUUGAAAAGAGGGUUUAUGU